UAAACAUAAGCCUAAAAAAGACACUAGGGUUUUCUACUUUUCUUAACAUCACUUUCUUUUCUUCUGCGCAGCUUUCUUAGUUUCUUUAGCCUUCCACAGUUCCACUGAGUCGAGUGAAGAAGAAGCACAAUAAGUCAAAACCUGGAACAUCCAUGGAGGAUGAUGAUCAUAGUACACCUAAAGCUAGUUUAGAGGUGAAUGAACCUGAAGAUGAAGAACUUGAACAGAAAAAACCGAGGCAGUUAAAAUCGAAUGUUUGGAUUUAUUUCAAGAAGACUGGUAGAGAUAAAGAUGGAGUGGAAAGGGCAAUAUGUAGAGGUUGUAAAGAUCCAUAUCGGGUUGGUUCUACUCCAGGACCCAAAGGUAAGAACUAUGGAACAUCACAUUUAAAACGUCAUUUAAUUAGAUGUAAAAAACUGAAAUACCACAGUUUGGGUCAAAUGUUUAUGGAUAAACAAGGUAAAAUACAGUCUAGAAAAAUAGACCAAUUGGUUUCACGUGAAAUGCUUGCUGAAGCUAUCAUUAAGCAUGAUUUGCCGUAUUCUUUUGUUGAAUAUGAUGGAAUUAGAGCUUGGGAAAAUUAUGCAAGUCCAAAAUUAAUAAUGCCAUCUAGGAACACUUCUGUUGUGGAUGUCCAAAAAGUGUAUUUCAAAGAGAAGGAAAAGUUAAGACAAGUCUUAGCUAAGAUUCCGAAUCGAGUUUGCUUAACUUCUGAUUGCUGGACAGCAGGUACUUCUGAGGGGUAUCUUUGUUUAACUGCUUCAUAUGUUGAUGACAAUUGGAAGUUAGUUAGUAAGAUUUUGAAUUUUUGUCGUAUGAUUCCUCCUCACACGGGAGUAGAAUUGGCUGCAACUAUAUAUGAUUGUUUGAAAGAGUGGGGCAUUGAUAAGAAGGUGUUCUCUAUCACUUUGGAUAAUGCGACUAAUAAUGAUAGCAUGCAAAAUAUUUUAAAAGGGCAUCUUAGUUUGCAACAGAGUUUAUUAUGUGAUGGUGAGUACUUUCAUGUGCGUUGUUCUGCCCAUAUUCUGAAUUUAAUUGUUCAAGAGGGUUUGAAAGCAGCUAAUGAUGCUUUGUUUAGAGUUAGAGAAAGUGUGAAGUACGUCAAAGGAUCAGAUGCUAGAAUGAGAAAGUUUGAGCAAUGUGUUAAGCAAGUGGGAAUUAAUACAAAUUUGGGUUUACGUUUAGACGUGGCUACCAGAUGGAACUCAACAUACUUGAUGCUUGAGAGUGCACUACAGUAUGAAAAAGCUUUUUCCAGUCUACAGUUGGUUGAUAGAAAUUACACUCAUUGUCCUACAUCUGAUCAUUGGAGAAGGGCAGAAAAAAUAUGUGAAUUCUUGGAACCUUUUCAUGAAAUAACCAACUUGAUUUCUGGUUCAAGUUAUCCGACCUCCAACUUGUACUUUAUGCAAGUUUGGAAAAUUGAAUGCAUGCUGAUGGAGAAGGCACAGAAUCUAGAUGGAGUUAUUAAGGAAAUGGCUUCAAGAAUGUCCAAGAAGUUUGAUAAAUAUUGGAGUAAAUAUAGUGUAGUGCUUGCCUUUGGAGCAAUCCUUGAUCCUCGCUUCAAGUUGCAACUUUUAAGGUAUUGCUACUCUAAGGUAGAUGAUGCUUCUGCACAAGAGAAGGUUGAAACUAUGAAAAAACAAAUUGUACAAGCUCUAUGAAUAUUAUGCAAAUAGUCAAAUUGGAGCAACUACUUCUACUAUUUUGAGUAAACCAACUCAAGAAAGAAGCCGAUCCAAACAAAAGGAAUCCAGAUUAUUUGAUGAAUUUAAAAUGUUCGAGAGUGAAUCUUUUUGCAAUGCUGGAAAGUCAGAAUUGGACCUUUAUUUGGAGGAACAGAAGCUGGAUUAUGAGAAGUUUCAUGGGAUGGAUGUUAUUAAGUAUUGGAAGGAAAAUGAAAGGAAAUAUCCCGACCUUUCAGUGAUGGCACGUGAUGUACUCAGUGUUCCAAUUACUACUGUAGCAUCAGAAUCAGCGUUUAGUAUUGGUGGUCGUGUUGUUACCAAGUACAGAAGUUGUAUCCAUCAUGAGAAUGUCCAAACUCUUGUUACUACAAGAAAUUGGUUGCAUGGAUUUACUUGGCCUAAUGUUGAUGAAGAUGAAGCUGUUAAGGAAACGAUACCUCAUGUUGAUUCAAAUGUGCUCGAUGGUUCUGGUCCUUCUGGAUAUGUUACAGCUGCAAGUUGAAAUGAAGUUGUUAAGCUUUAAUUGACUAGUUUUUUUAAUUUUAACUCGUCAGGAUUUUAUUUUUGUGACUGGGCAGAAUUCUAGUGCAAGAUUUGUAUGUUUUUUGGAUUAUCAAACUGUAGAAGUUUGGCUUGCUAAAUGUUGACCAGUUAGUUACUAUGUUUCUGCUCAUUCUUUUGCUUGAUGUUAAUUACUAUUAUCUUAUAUAAUACACUUGUUAUUAAACUGAAGACCUAUAAUGGUUGGUGAUUUUCCAGU